AUGGAUUCGACAACAACGCUCAGUCUAACAAAUAGCACUGAGUCGUACCAUCCAGCGGCGGGACCUUGGAGCUUGGUGGUGAUAGUACUGAUCAUCCCGACCAUCGUGGUGGGAAACCUACUGGUCAUCAUCGCAGUGGCACGUACCUCACAGCUGCAGACCACCACCAACAUCUUCAUCAUGUCCCUGGCCUGUGCCGACCUCAUCAUGGGGGUUUUUGUGGUUCCCCUGGGGGCCACUAUUGUUGUGACUGGGAACUGGCAGCUCACCAAACGGCAGGUACAGCUCAUAGACAAGAACAGAGUGCGUUUCCAGCAUGAGCGUUCAAGACAUUUACAGGUGGGAGUACAAAUAACUAACACUGAGCCAUCUACAUGCCCAGGAUAUAGUGCCUGCAACACCAAAAAUAGAAGAAUCUCCAAACGCAGGCCAUCUCGGCUCAUCCUUGUGAAGGAGCACAAGGCGCUCAAGACUUUAGGGAUCAUCAUGGGGACUUUCACACUCUGCUGGCUGCCCUUCUUUGUGGCCAACAUCAUCAAUGUAUUUUACCGGGGCAUCCCAGACUGGAUCUUCAGACUUCUGAACUGGUUUGGAUACAUAAACUCAGGUCUCAACCCCAUUAUUUACUGUAGGAGCCCAGAAUUUCGAUCGGCUUUUAAGAAUUUGUUGGGCUGCCCCUGGCUGUCCACAUUAUGGCUCAACUCUUUGUACAAAGAACUUCAGACUCGCUGCCCCUGUUUUCUUUGGGGGGCAGACACAGGCAAUUCUCGCACUUUCCAAAAACCUCAGAAUAGGACGACAGAGGCCACCGAGAGCCUACCCAGCACACUGGAUAGCAACCGCAGUGAGGAGGCACCUGAUCCACUCAAGUCCAAUGGGAAUGCACAGUUUAGUGAGAUGUCAGAGCCAGGAUCCUCAUGCUUUACUUUACAAGAUAAAGAUGGAUGA